UCUCGUCUGGAGACGAUCAAAAGAACACCGUUCCGCCGUGGUUGAGGCCGAUUAUGAGCAUCCAGCUCUAUGGCUUGUGCGAGACUCAUUCCUCCGAGGAGUGCAAUUUUUACUGUAGAGUAUGCAUGUUCGCUCUGUGCAAAGAGUGCAAGAAGCAACACGAUAUUUUCGAGCACGAGAUCAUAAGGGCAUAUAAAGUUAAUGAAGUGGCGUCGUUCAGACUGGCGGAUUUGGAGUCGCUGAGGGAUGCUUCCGAUAUCUGUCCAUACAAAGGAAACGGGCGGCUCGUUGAGGUUAUAUACAAAAGGGGAGAUGGGAUCGCCUGCUGCCACGGUCAGGGCAACGUUGUGGAGUGCGAAUCUUGCCAAUACCGGCUCAAGUCUCCGAGCGCCAAAUACUGCUCCAUCCAAUGCAAGGUUGAAGCCGUGAUGAAGAUGAAUGAAAGUGAAAGUGUGACGAACGAAGCAAAGAGGAAGGUAGAGACCAUAUCAGAGGAGAGUGCUAGCGAUGUGAAGUCAUUCACGAAACGACCAAGAGAGUAGAAAAACCCGUAGAGAGCUCCAUUUUAUUAGCCGAAGA